CGUUCCUCUUGUGUGAUGGCUAUGUGCGCGUUCCUGUGAACACCCGGAGGACAAGAAGGAGGUGACCCCCCCGUCCCCUCAGCGAGGAUCUGAUGAGAUUCUUCAAGCUGACAUUCAAAUGUUUUGUGGAUUGUUUCUGAACGUCGACGGAGCGCAUUUUUUAUUUCAUUAUUUGACUUUCUGUCAUUUGUUUAUUUUUGGGGGGAACGAGCGCCAGCCAAGAAAAGUGUCACGCGUGCGUCUUGGUUUGAUUGACAGCUGAGACAGUCGGGAUUCGUGUGUGUGUGUGUGCGCGCGCGCGCGCUUUGGAACAUUCCAAAGAAGUCAUCCUUAUUAGUUGUUAUUAUUAGCGAUUUGAGUGAUUGAUGGACAAGCAGACUCCUCCCACUUCGUCCUCCUGCUCUCUGCUCCUCCUGGAGGAGGCUAAAAGGAGUCAGGUCCUCCUCCCUGCUCCGCUCAUGGCGACAGACGGCAAGAAAGGAGGCGUGGUCAUGGGGGAGGAGCCAGGGCGUCAAGAGCGGGAGACGUGGACCAGACAAAUGGACUUCAUCAUGUCCUGUGUGGGCUUCGCUGUGGGUCUGGGGAACGUAUGGAGGUUCCCUUACCUGUGCUACAAGAACGGAGGAGGCGUCUUCCUCAUUCCAUACCUGUUGAUUGUCUUUGUGGGCGGAGUCCCCAUCUUCUUCCUGGAGAUCUCACUGGGUCAGUUCAUGAAGGCGGGAAGCAUCAAUGUGUGGAACAUCGCGCCGCUUUUCAAAGGUCUGGGCUACGCGUCCAUGGUGAUUGUGUUCUUCUGCAACACGUACUAUAUCAUGGUGCUGGCCUGGGCCUUCUACUACCUCAUCAAGUCCUUCAGCGCUCAACUGCCGUGGUCCACCUGUGAUAACCCCUGGAACACGUACGCCUGCAUGGACGCCUUCAGUCUCCAUCACUGCAACAACGCCACCGAAAACCACACGCACGCCAUCGUCGCCAACAGCAACCUGUCCUGUGCCGACCUCGCCCACGCCAGAUCCCCCAUAAUCGAGUUCUGGGAGAACAAGGUUCUGAACAUCUCCUCGGGCCUGGAUGACCCGGGUGACAUUAACUGGGAGCUGCUGUUGUGUCUGGUGGCCGUGUGGCUGCUGGUCUACUUCUGUGUGUGGAAGGGUGUCAAAUCUACAGGAAAGAUUGUGUACUUCACAGCGACAUUCCCGUACGUGGUUCUGAUCAUCCUGCUGGUCCGGGGAGUCACGCUUCCUGGCGCCUACGACGGCAUCAUGUACUACAUCAAGCCUGAUUGGUCCAAACUAGAAGAGGCUCAGGUGUGGAUCGACGCUGGCACACAGGUGUUCUUCUCGUACGCCAUUGGUCUGGGAGCGUUGACGGCGCUAGGCAGCUACAACCGCUUCAACAACGACUGUUACAAGGAUGCCUUCGUGCUGGCGCUGAUCAACAGCGGCACCAGCUUCUUCGCCGGUUUCGUGGUCUUCUCCAUCUUGGGCUUCAUGGCGGCUGAGCAGGGCGUCGACAUCUCACAAGUUGCAGAGUCAGGUCCAGGUCUGGCGUUCAUCGCGUAUCCAAAGGCAGUCAGUUUGAUGCCAGUGGCGCCAUUGUGGGCGGGGCUUUUCUUCUUCAUGCUGCUGCUGCUCGGCCUGGACAGUCAGUUCGUAGGCGUGGAAGGUUUUGUGACCGGGAUUCUGGAUCUUUUCCCGGGCAAAUAUGAGCAUCGCUACAAGAGGGAGCUCGCCGUCGCCAUCUGCUGUUUGUUGUGCUUCAUCAUCGACAUCUCCAUGGUAACACAGGGAGGAAUGUACGUCUUCCAGCUGUUUGACUACUACUCGGCUAGCGGGAUGACACUGCUAUGGCAGGCCUUCUGGGAAUGCAUUGUGGUGGCCUGGGUGUACGGUGCCGACCGUUUCAUGGAUGACAUAGCACGAAUGAUCGGCUACAGGCCCCUCCCCUGGAUGAAGUGGUGCUGGUCCUUCAUCACGCCGUGCGUCUGCAUGGGCAUCUUCCUGUUCCACCUGGUCAACUACAAGGCGCUGACGUACAACAACACGUACGUUUACCCGUGGUGGGGGGAGGUGCUGGGCUGGUGUCUGGCCUUGUCGUCCAUGUUGUGCAUUCCUGUUAGCCUCGUCUACAAGCUCUUUCUCGCCAAGGGCUCCUUCGCGCAGCGCUGGGCCCAUCUGACCAGCCCGGUGUGGGGGGGUCACCACCUGGAGUACAUGGCGCCCGACGUCAAGUCACUGAGCUCUCCCGCCAAUGAUGACAACAAGGUCAUCAUCUUCGAGAGCGUCAUGUGACACCAGCCCCCCCCCCCUCCCCGGGACCUCCAGACGUGUCACAUGCCCUGUUGCAAUGGCCCAAAGGAAGUGACUCAGUCGCACUUUAUCACGCUCGUCUUCCUGUCUGACCCGCCAAAAUAAAACACUGUGAAGCGCCACACGCUCCUCUCUCAACACUUACCUGACCUUUGACCUCUGACAGGUCAAAAGUGCCAUAGCAUGUUCUUCCCUUGGCCGCCCUUCACCCCCCUUUUCCCCGCUCCACUCAGAAAACUCAAGCGCAAGAAGACGUAAGAGUUGCCUUACGUUGUUGUCUUAAUAGCAGCCAAAGGGGCAUGGCUACAAACCAACAGGAUGUUUUUUUAUGCAGUAGGGGGCCUAUUCUCCCGUUUGCGCUUGUGCGUAAGUGUUUUUUCACCCGCUUGCAAUUACGCACGUUUCUCUUAUUCCCCGAUUCCCUGAUCUAGACUCCUGACACGUCCACCGCGGGCCCACGUGUGCAAGUAUGAAGGAAGGGGGGGCUUAUGUGAUUCAUCGACUAAAGUGUGAAUGUCACUGCAAUGCGUGAAAAAGCUAACGCGCACUUUUAAUAUGAAAAGGCCAUAUCCAUUGAAGGACAAUGUAACAGGUUUAACUGAUACGUGCAUUUCACCAACAAUAACAUUUGGCUACAUUGUACUGCGUAGUCUUCUUACUCGUGCUUUUGCGCGUGUGUGUCGUCAUGGUGAUGUGAGCGCGUGUGUCUACGCUACAACCAGAGCGUAGGUGAAGGUUUGUUUCACUUGUUAUACAACGUAGCGAACCUGAACGUAUGUGUGAUGUUAAGACUUCUGUUUAAGUCCAACUCUUUGCGAAAACGUGAACGCGUCAGCAGAGGCUUUGGGUGUUUGUGUGUGUGCGCGCGCACGCGAGGGGAGUGACAGUUUGACAGUUUGGUCGUGGUUGCGGCCAACAGCAACGUAUUUUGUUAAUAAAGCGAUUGUUGAUUGAUCAACUCGUCCUCGUCCUUUUGAGCGUAAGGAAGGCAGGCUCUGUGGAUGCACACGCACUGUACUUAGCGAUUGAAGCAAUCGAAUAACUGGCUGAUUGAUAAUCAUCACUGUGUUCGUGUCAGAUGAAUGAAUGUUACGGGUUUAUAAUAUUAUCCAGAAAAUAAGAAAGAAGAAAAUGAAAAAAAAAACUUGGUGACAGUCGCAGUUUGAAUGGAUUGAGAUCAGUACGACAAGUGCAAUAUAAUGUUUCACAUUCUCGGGGCGCUAGACUUAUUGCAGCCUCAGAAGCGCGCAGGGACAAAAGUACUUAAAUCGAGGGGAGAAUUCGCCAAGGCCAGACUUGACAGGAAACUCCCGCAUUUUGGGGUUCCUCCACCCAACGUGCGUAUCUUGAACGAAAGUGUGCAGUGAUAGACUUCAGUUAGAGGGGGAGAAUCCCGCGCAGCAAGAAUCCGCGCAGAUGCGCUCCUUUUUCCACUCAAGCACACGGGAGAAUAGGGCCUUAAGUGUUCACAGCUUCCUCAAGCUCCACCUCCCAGCUGUGGCUACCUCGCGGCUUCCUUGUUUCGGCUUUACGUGUUUUCAUGCUGUGUAGCUGUGUGAACAAACAGUGGGUGGGGCUUUUAUUUUGGCAGAUGUGAAGACUGCCAAGGCCCCAUCUCCAGGUGACUAAAGGGAUUUUUUUGUUAAUGUUUUUCUUUUCUAAUGUUCUAAGUGCUGAAAACGUUUAGUGUUCGAUGAGUUUAACAUGCUUGAAUGGGUUUUAUUUUCAUAAGCAAAGCUCGCUGUACCAAAUGUGGUCAAUGCAGAUCUACUUCCAGGCAAGGAGCCAAUCAGCUGAGCCAUCGCCUUUGCGGCUCAAAGUCGCCAGUCAGUUAGCGCGUUAGCUUCUAGAAUAGAUCAACUCACACAUGCUGAUGUCAGGUUUUUGUUGUAGCUUUGAUCUUGGUCACAUGAUCAGAGAGAAGCACUGAAAAUGUGAAAAAGUUGUAAAUAACAGUCCAUUUUGUGUCACUUUGUGUCAUGAUGAAUGCGAGCAGGAAGUGAGGUUUCAGUGAUUUCAUUAAAAAGUAACGACUUAGACGUGACAUUUACUUUGCUAAUUUUACUUUUUUUGUAACUUUUUUGAGACUAGACUAAAAUCAACUAAGGAUUUUGUUACUGUGAUUAAAAUUGAACGUGAAUAUUAACGAGCGCAUAACAUUUAGUAACAAAUUAUUUUUUUGGUGGGGAAAAAAAAUUAGUCUUACUGCACUUUUUUUUUGUUUACAUCAAAGCAGAGUGUCUCUCUAGGGAAAAUCUUUGAUCCAACAUUGCCACAAACAGGCAGCCAACGUGGCUGCAUUGUCAGGAACUUAAACAAGGCCGCUCAUUGCACUGUGAUGAUGUCAGAGUCAUGUGAUCAUUGCUCGCUAACCAAAUAACAGCAAUAAAACUAAUGUGACACAAAGACCUGUCGCCAUGGUUACUAUCUCCCAUGUCAACCUGUGUAUCGUGUGUGAGCUCACAAACACGGACGCCAAGCGCCUCACUACAUUGCUU